CCCCUCCCGUCGGCAACUUCCCAUCAGCGAUCCGUCUCGACUUCUCGAGUGUCCCAUCUCACCUCACCUCAUUCGAUUCCAUCCCCACCGCCAGCCGCCACAGGCAAGGCAAGGCAAAAGCAGCCGCGCGCCAUGGGCUCCCGCUACGAGGUGGAGGUGACGGUGGGGUCGGCGAGCAACCUGAAGAACGUCAACUGGCGGAACGGCGACCUGAGGCCGUACGCCGUGCUGUGGGUGGACGACGGGCCCAAGUGCUCCACCCGCGUCGACCCCGACAACGGCGAGGACCCCGUGUGGGACGACAGGGUCGUGGUCCCUGUCCCUCCCGCCUCCGCCGCGCGCCUCGGCGACGCCGUCCUCCACGUCGACGUCGUCCACGCCGCCGACGCCGACGCCGACGCCGACGAGGUCAAGCCGCUCGUCGGCUCCGCGCGCCUCCCGCUCCGCGACGUCCUCGACGACGCCGGCGGCGUCGGCGUCGGCGGGCCUAAGGUCUCCCGCACCCUCAGGCUGAAGCGGCCCUCGGGCCGCCCGCAGGGCCGGGUCGAGGUCCGCGUCGCCGUCCGCGAGGCGCCGCCGCCGCCAAGCUACUACGACCCGAGCCCGUACCCGGCGCCCGCGUACGGGAACCCCGCCGCCGCCCGGGACCCGUACUACGCGGCGCCGCCGGCGUAUGGAGGACAGCCGCCGUACGCCGCGCCGCCGGUGGGGUACCCGGCUGCCGCCGCCGCCGCCGCUCCUCCUCCAUACGGUGGUGGUUAUGGAGCCGCUCCUGCGGCGGCGUAUACGUACGGGGAUCCUGCGGCUGCUCCAGCUGCCCAGAAGAGCAGCAAGAUGGGGAUGGGGACGGGGCUGGCCGUCGGCGCCGCGGCGGGGCUGCUGGGCGGCUUGGCGCUGGCGGAAGGGGCGAGCUACGUGGAGGACAAGUUCGAGGAUCACGUCGCCGAGAAGGUGGAGGAGGAGACGUUCGGCGACGGCGACGGAGACUACGACGACGAUUACUAGAAGCAAAGCAGGAGACGUGCACCCGAGUGCGGAGCAUCAAACCGAAUUCCUGAGACAACCCCAAUCAGUGGCGGAUCUAGAAACGAGCUACACCCCGGGCUAACUAAUAGCAGCCACCAUGUAACUGUUUGCUUUAUCCAAACACAAACCAUAUACUGAUUAAUAUAUACUCCUCUGUCCACGAAAGAGCCAA